CCUUUGGCGAACCGUCGUUGGCGGAUAGGGCUAGGUUGCAGCAGCAAUGGCAGCUCCCAGCAGGAAGCAGACUUUAAGGUUUCUAAGCCAGUUGGGAGCGUUUAUUUUGACCCGUUUCGGUUUUUGGAAUUGCUUUAGCAUGUUGAUGCUGUUUGCUGAACGAGCGGACUCGAAAAGGAAGCCCGACAUCCACGUCCCUUACCUCUACGUGGACAUGGGGGCCGCCGUGCUCUGCGCCAGCUUCAUGUCAUUUGGGGUGAAGAGGAGGUGGUUUGCGAUGGCCGCUGCCGUACAGCUGGCCUUCAGCACCUAUGCGUCGUACGUAGGAGAACAGGUGUACUACGGGGACUGGCUUAAGGUGCGGAUGUAUUCCAGAGCGCUGGCCAUAAUCGGAGGCUUUCUGGUCCUGGCCAGCGGGGCGGGGGAGGUGUACAGACAGAAACCUCGCAGCAGGUCCCUGCAGUCUACAGGACAGGUUUUCCUGGGAGUUUACCUCAUCUGCAUGGUGUACUCCCUCCAGCACAGCAAGGAGGACCAGCAGGCCUAUCUGAACCACAUCGUGGGAGGAGAGAUCACUCUGAUGCUGCUGGAGGUCCUGUUCGGGGUGCUGGCCCUGGCCUUCCUCUCCGGCUACUACGUCCGCCUGGCCGCGCAGAUCCUGGCCACCGUCCUGCCCCCGGUGAUCCUGCUCAUCGACGGCAACCUGGGCUACUGGCACCACACCCGCAAGGUGGAGUUCUGGAACCAGAUGAAGCUGAUCGGACACAACGUGGGCAUCUUCGGCGCCGUGCUGAUCCUGGCCACGGACGGUUGAGCGCGGCGGGGCUCCCACCGGCGAACUUCACGGGGGCCGCGGCGUCCGCGCGGCGACGACACCCGGGCGGCUUUGCGACCGCAGCCACGACUCUGUACUCGAAAGCUGCCGCUGCACGGCGACCUCUCAGGGGUCAAGCGCUCCGGGGCAGAGACUGUUGGAUGUAAGCGGCGUUGAUUGUCUUUGUAAACCAGUUGGUGUGUUUUGCUUUUGCAAGAAGAAAAACACCCGGCUUCCUGUUUUUAUUCAUUCAGAUUCAUGUUUACGUUUUUUCUGUUACGCUUUGUUACAUGACACUAAUAUUACGAGUAUUAGUACUAUGGCUACAGAGAAUAAACCCUAUACUUUAGAAAAGAAGUCUUCAAGGGUAUAAUAUUGUUGCAAGUGAUUCACAAAUAAAGGGAAACUUUAGGCAGGUGCAUUUUGUGCUACUGUGCACUGUGUGCUAGGCUUUAUGCAUUCCUGUCAAUUUCUUUAUUCUGUAAACAAUGGUGAUGUACAGAAGUGAACACAUUCAGUUUGGCAGUGGGCAGCAGAGUACACUAGCUUCUAAAA